AUCAGCUCUUGAGGGACUGGCAUGAAGCCACCGCACUGUCCGAGCACAGCUUCUCCUCCUCCGGUCAGACAUGCGAAUCCGUUCGGAAAGCGGAAAAUAUGCUUGCAGCACUUAGGAAAAGUAGCCUACAACUCUCCGCCGCACACUCUGCCCGCGCAGCUCUGACUGAAUCGCGUGUUUCGCGCACAGUUCUCCUUAUUGAAAUGGUUCAGCUCCUGGAGGAUGAGAGUGAACGGUCGAGGUACUUUGCAAACGAGCGCUGCCGGUAAACGGUCCGCUUGAGUGAGGUUGUUUUUGCCGGGAUCUCAGAAUCUCAUUACUACAGCUUUAUCUACAUUUUGCGGCUUUCACAUCAGCACAGCAAUUCUCUUUAAAAGGGUACAGGAGAGCAGGAACAAAAUACCUCACUGGGAACAUGGGCCAAUCUGGGACUUCAUCCUAUUUUUCUCUCGCUCUGAUCAGCAUCUUCCUCUCAGUUUUCUUCUAUGAGCUCAUGCCGGCCUAUGCAGGCAGCUCCAAAUCAAGCUUAGAUAUAGAUACUUCUCCUAAUGAAAACUCUUCACACGAGACAUGUGGUGGUAGUUUUGAGUGCAAAGAGGGAGUGAUCUUGCCAAUUUGGACUCCAAAGAAUCCCUCUUUUGGGGAUAAGCUGGCCAGAGCCACUGUGUACUUUGUCGGUUUGGUCUACAUGUUCCUAGGGGUAUCCAUCAUUGCAGACCGCUUUAUGGCUUCCAUUGAGGUCAUCACAUCCCAGGAGAAAGAGAUCACCAUCAAGAAGCCUAACGGGGAAACCACAACCACUACUGUUCGUAUUUGGAAUGAAACUGUCUCAAAUCUUACUCUCAUGGCUCUGGGUUCCUCAGCCCCAGAGAUUAUGCUCUCCGUGGUUGAAGUGUGUGGGCACAACUUUGAUGCAGGCGAGCUGGGCCCAAACACCAUUGUUGGAAGUGCAGCUUUUAAUAUGUUUGUCAUCAUUGGUCUCUGUGUCUCUGUGAUACCCGAAGGAGAGCAUCGGAAGGUCAAGCACCUGCGGGUGUUCUUUGUCACUGCCACUUGGAGUAUAUUUGCAUAUACAUGGCUUUAUCUGAUCUUGGCAGUGAUUUCCCCAGGUAUCGUUGAAGUCUGGGAGGGACUCCUUACUCUCUUCUUCUUUCCGAUUUGUGUCAUAUUUGCUUGGGUUGCAGACCGAAGACUUUUAUUCUACAAGUACGUGUACAAACGUUACAGAGUUGGAAAACAACGGGGAAUGAUCAUUGAGACUGAAGGUGAGCCAGAGCACCAGUCAAAGGCAGAUAUCGAAAUGGACGGUGGGAUGCUUAACUCUCACGGCGAGGAAUUCUUAGAUGGCACGGUGGAUCCUGAAGAUAAAGACAUGGAUGAGGAUGAGGCCAGAAGAGAAAUGGCCAGGAUUUUGAAGGAACUGAAACAGAAACAUCCAGAGAAAGAGAUGGAGCAGCUGGUUGAGCUCGCAAACUACCACGUCCUCAGCCAGCAACAGAAGAGUCGUGCGUUUUAUCGCUGCCAGGCCACUAGACUUAUGACUGGUGCGGGUAACAUACUAAAAAAGCAUGCUGCAGACCAAGCCAGAAAAGCACUAGGCAACCAUGAACUUCGAUCAGAAGUCUCUGAUAAUGAUAUUUCCUCCAAGAUCUUCUUUGACCCCGGCACAUAUCAGUGUCUUGAGAACUGUGGGACUGUGGCUUUGAAUGUGGUCCGACGCGGCGGUGACUUAACUAGCGCUGUGUCGGUGGAGUACCGCACUGAGGACGGCACUGCCAACGCAGGAUCUGAUUACCAGUUCACCGAAGGUGUUGUAGUCUUCAAACCAGGUGAGACCGAAAAGGAGAUUAGAGUGGACAUCAUCGAUGAUGACAUUUUUGAAGAAGACGAGCAUUUCCUGGUUCAUCUUAACAAUGUCAAGGUAAUUUCUGAAGGAACUGACAAUGGGAACCCAGGAGCCAAUCAUGUGGACACAUUAGCUAGUCUUGGCCUUCCUUCAACAGCUAUUGUGACUAUCUUUGAUGAUGACCAUGCUGGCAUCUUCACAUUUGAGGAGCCAGUGGUUCAUGUCAGUGAAAGCAUUGGUAUGAUGGAGGUGAAGGUGACACGUACCUCUGGAGCCCGUGGAGUAGUGGUAAUCCCUUAUAAAACCAUUGAAGGCACAGCAAAAGGUGGAGGAGAGGACUUUGAAGACACCCACGGAGCCUUGGAGUUCCAGAAUGAUGAGAUUUCCAAAACUAUUCAGAUCAAUAUAAUCGAUGACGAGGAGUAUGAAAAGAAUAAGAACUUCUUCCUGGAGAUUGGAGAGCCACAAUUGGUGGAAAUGAGUGAGAGAAAAGCUAUGUUGCUACAUGAAUGUGGUGGAUUCGUGAAGACAGAUAAGAAGCUUUAUGACAGGGAUGUGUACCGGAAAGUGCAAGGUAGAGACAAACCAAUCCCCUUCAACAUUAUCAGCAUCACAGAGGACGGGGAAGAAGAGACCCUGACUAAAAAAGAGAAGGAUGAGAGGCGUAUUGCUGAAAUGGGUCGCCCGACACUGGGUGAACAUGUGAAACUUGAAGUAAUCAUUGAGGAGUCCUAUGAGUUUAAGAGCACAGUCGACAAACUCAUAAAGAAAACCAACUUGGCCCUUUUGGUUGGUACUAACAGUUGGAGAGACCAGUUUGUAGAGGCCAUCACUGUCAGCUCAGGGGAAGAUGAUGAUGACGAGUGUGGGGAAGAAAAGAUGCCAUCUUGCUUUGAUUACGUCAUGCACUUCCUGACUGUGUUCUGGAAGGUUCUGUUUGCGAUCGUGCCGCCCACUGAUUAUUGGAAUGGCUGGGCGUGUUUCAUCGUCUCAAUCCUCAUGAUUGGCGUCCUCACUGCGUUCAUUGGAGACCUGGCAUCCCAUUUUGGAUGCACUAUUGGCCUGAAAGACUCUGUAACUGCGGUUGUGUUUGUGGCGCUAGGAACCUCUGUGCCAGACACAUUCGCUAGUAAAGUGGCAGCCAUCCAGGAUCAGUACGCUGACGCCUCCAUCGGCAAUGUGACUGGCAGCAAUGCUGUGAACGUCUUUCUGGGCAUUGGAGUGGCCUGGUCCAUUGCUGCCAUAUUUCACCAGUCACAAGGCCAGUAUUUCCGCGUGGACCCCGGCACACUGGCGUUCUCCGUCACCCUGUUCACCAUCUUUGCCUUCAUCUGUAUCGCCGUCCUCAUGUACCGCCGCCGGCCCGAGAUCGGAGGGGAGCUGGGUGGCCCGCAGACUCCCAAAAUCCUCACCACAACAUUGUUCUUCAGUCUCUGGCUGAUGUACAUCAUCUUCUCCUCCAUGGAGGCCUAUUGCAUCAUCAAGGGUUUUUAAAUAAGGCAAGAGGUAACAGGAUGCCGCAAACAGGAUUCGGUUGUUAAAAUCCUCGUAAAUAAGACUGAUAGUAGGAAAGGGAUCAAAAGACAGACAUAUUUUUAUGUGUUGUCCAUAAUGUUUUAUGUGCAUGUUUUUCUGCUGUUGAGCGAAAGCUUUUUUUUUUUUUUUUUUUUUGUAAAGGUUUCAGGAAAAUAAUGUUAUUGAUUUGGUCGACUGAUACCGAGCUUUAUUCUGAAACAUUUUGAAACUUUUAGCAGGAGAGGAAUGUUCAACAAGCAGAAAUCGUAAUGUUAACAAACUCAAAAUCUGUGGUAAAUGAUGAAAAUAGUGCGUUUUCGAAACUACAAACGGGUGUUUCUAAAUGACGAAUGCCGUCACAAGACUUUUUUUAUUUUUCAGAUUUUAGGCCAUUAAAGUGUAGAUUUGUGAGAAUUUUAAGCUUUUAUCUGGGAUUUACACGCUUCAGUGUAUUCAGUGUUUUUAAGUUACCUAAAAACAGUCCUCACCUUCCAGCCUGGUUCCAUGGGACACUGACUCUUCGCUCAACGCCACAGACCUCCUAUAGAAGCCACAAGCUGAGGAUAGUCAAAAGUUAUAUAAAAUGUAUUGCAAUGUGUUUUGUGUGUUUGUCCAAACUUGUAUGUUAAUUUGUUUUUCAUGAGGUUUCCAUAUGUUUCCAUAUGUUUUCCAUAUGUUCCAUAUGUUUCUAGUACAUGUACCAGUAGUUUUAGUAAAUACAAUCAAAUCCUAUGUCUUUCUCAACAUUAAGACAAAAAGAUUUAUGAGAAAGAUUUUUGACAUUGUACAUAAGCAAGUUCAGAAUCCAUUAACUUUAUUCUUUUAUUACUACUAUAUGAAGAAUGCAUGUUAUCUCUCCUAUGUUUUAGGGACUUCUUCCCUAUAUGAAGAAAAGACUGUAUUUUUGAAGAUUUCACAAACAAAUGAUUACACAUAGAAAGUCAACUGUGACACUGGGAACUAAUCUUAUUGUAUAUAGUGUUCAGUCUUCAAAUAGAAAAUUGAGGAUGCGUCACUAUUUUAACCCUUUUGAGGACACGUGCACACUGGUAGAAGUUGCCCCCCCCCCUUAUUUUCACUCAUUUUUGGUCAGAACAUAUCAAUGUGCACACACGGGUGAUGGCACUGUGUAUCUACUCCAACACGAGUCACUCGGACUCUAGCCUCACUUACAGUACAUUUUACAGAUACAUUGAAGUAGUUUUCCCUCGCUUGUGCGGGUGCUUAGUACAUGUAAGGUUCAUUUUGAUUAAUGUUAUCUGUAUGAUAAUACAACCUUUUUAUUUAUAAUAUUGUUUCAGCAAUUGAGUUUUGUCCUUUUUUUCUUUCUUUGUGUGGCACACUCAACAGAAGGAUAAUGUGCAAUAUAUUAUUGCCUUGUGUGGCCCCCACUUCCUCACCACAACAAAAUAUAAGAUUAGGACCUAUAAAAAAAAUCAAUUCAGAGUUUA